AGAAGGGAGCGACCGCUGGGACCGUGCAGGGAGCAUCAUCGCAGCCAGCGCGGUGCCGCGGGGACCGUCGCCGUUGCCCCUGGAGCCUCAUGACGGAGCCGCCGCGCUCCGCUGCCCCUCUCCCUGCUCCCCGCUGACGCCUGGGACACGCGUGGCCGCGCCGCAGCCCUGCCCAGCCCGCACCGCUUCGCCCCGCACCCGGGGCCCGCUGCCAGGCAGGACAUGGACUCCAUGUUCGAGGACGACAUCAGCAUCCUGACGCAGGACGCGCUGGGGCAGGACGAGGACUGGCUCGACAGCCCCAACACCGACCUCUCGGGCGAGAUGUGCUCAGCCUCCCACUUCGCCCUCAUCACCGCCUACGACGACAUCAAGAACCGGCUGACGGGGCUGGAGAGGGAGAACUCCACGCUCAAGCGCCGGCUCAAGAUGUACGAGGUCAAGUACCCGCUGAUCGGGGAGUUCGGUGAGGAACACAUCUUCUCCCUCUACGAGGCCAAGGAGACGUCGCUGCUCAAGAGCGAGAAGGCGUCGCUGCAGCAGCAGCUCAACCAGUUUCAGCACGAGCUGCAGAAGAGCAAAGAGCGUGAGGAGCAGCUGGAGGAGAUGAUCCAGGCCUAUGAGAAGCUGUGCGUGGAGAAGGCUGACCUGGAGACGGAGCUGGGAGAGAUGCGGGCGCUGGUGGACACUCACCUGAGCCGCAUCCGGAGCCUGGAGCAGCAGCUACGGCAGCGCGACGGCAGCACCUUCCCGGGGCUCAGCACCCCGAUACCGGGACAGGAGGUGCCUUUCAUCACCCUGCACCCCAACCCCAGCCUGACCCAUGGUGAGACACCCCCCAGGACCCCCCGAGCCCCCCCCCAGGGCUCCGUGACGGUGCUGAGCAAUGCCCUGCCCGCAGUGCUGGAGCGUGCCGGGGGCUGGCAGAGCCGGGGGCUGGAAGCUGAGCUGGAAGCAGCGCGCCAGGAGACCCAACGGGCCCAGCACCGUGAGGAGCAUCUCAAGGCCGAGUGCGAGCGGCUGCAGGCGGAGCUGAAGCACCUGCAGGACACGAGGGAGCAGGACCAGUCAGAGCGGGACAUGGCCUGGGUGAAGAAGGUGGGCGACGACCAGGUGAACCUGGCGCUGGCCUACACGGAGCUGACGGAGGAGCUGUGCCGCCUGCGGAACCUCAGCUCCCUGCAGAGCCAGAUCCUCCGUGCCCUGCUGCAGGAGAAGAGCCUCAAUGGUGGCCAGCGUCACUCCCCGCUAUCCCAGUGCCAUUCCCCAGCCCCACAGCGCCGCUCGCCCGCCCCUCAGUGCCCCUCGCCCGCCCCUCCGGGGCUCCCUCCCGCACCCCAGUGCCAAUCCCCCGCACGGCAGCGGCGCUCGCCGGGUCCCCCCAGCCAGUCCCCGGCCCAGCAGCGCCGCUCGCCAGCCCCCGGCCCCUGCCAGUCCCCUGCUCAGCAGCGCCGGUCCCCGGUGCCCCCGUCCAGCCAAUCCCCUGCCCAGCAGCGCCGGUCCCCGGUGCCGCCACCGUGCCCAUCACCGGCUUCAGCAUCACCGCACCGCCUGCCCGGAGACAGGAUGGAGCUGGGCUACGCCAAACCCUCCAGCCGGCACAUCAAGGCCGGCUUCCAGGGCCGCCGGAGCUACUCGGAGGUGAGCAACGUGGCUCUGUACCAGCAGAGCCGCUCGCUCUGGCUCCAGCCCGAAGCCUCGACGCUCCCCAAGCACCGACCCUAUGGCGAGGUGUACUUGGGGGGUGCCGGGGCCCCCCUGAGCGCCCAUGAGCCCUUCGAGGAGCACGUCCGCUUCGAGAAGCAGUCAUCGGAUGAGGAGGAUUGGGCGCUCCCAAGCCCGCCCAGCCCCGAGGCCGGGGCCAUUCGCUGCGCAUCCUUCUGUGCCGGCUUCCCCAGCCCCGAUGCCGACGCCGCGCACCGGACGGCUGCUGCCUACGCCCGGGCAGAGCACGCUCAGUCCUGGCCCUCCAUUAACCUGCUGCUGGAGACGGUGGACUCGGAGGUGCGGAGCUGCCCGCUGUGCCAGCUCACCUUCCCCAUCGGCUACCCGGACGAUGCCCUGGUGAAGCACAUCGACUCGCACCUCGAGAACAGCAAGAUCUGAGCCUUCCCCCCCCAGCCCCUGCUCCCCGACCUUUGGAUGCUGCAUGAAAACACACGAGGAGCGACACGGCUCCCCAAAUACCUCCAAGUCUUCAGUAGCUACACAAAGACUGAGACCCCCCCAACCCCGGAGCCCACCCGCCCUCCAUAGUGGGGGGGCUCCUUUGCUCCCUCCUCGCCCCAUCCCUGCAUCCACGCCGGGUCCGGAUGCUCGAGUCGGGGCAGCAGGAUAACGCCAUCCCGAGGGGACCCGACUGCAUCCUUGGGUGUCAUCUGCACCCUUGGGUGCUGCUGCUUGAUCUCAGGGAGGAUUCGAGGGGCCAGGUCCUGGAUCUGGCCCCCAGGAAGCAGGUGAAGGGCUGUCCUUUCCCCGGGUCAAAGUUGGGUUUGGGGGGCACGAGGUGGGGGGCAGCUGCUUUUUCUUGGUCCCCCUCACCUCAUCUCACUGGUUCAAGCAUCUUUCCCAUUAAAAGCCCCCCCUCCCUCCCCAUUUCUCCCCACAAUGAUGCUGAGAAUCAAGCCCCAAGGUGCAGUAUGGACCCCCCCACCACCACUGCACUGGGCUCUGGGGGCUCUCCCUGACCGUGACACCCCCCAGUGUGGGGACCACGCACCCCCCACCCCACCAGCCCCCCCGCUUUAGCCCAGGGGUGCUGCUGACCCUAAGUCCCCCCCACCCCGUCCCCCCUUAUCCCCCCACGUUCAAUCUACCUCAAAGCUGCCGGGACUGGGGGGGUCCACAGCGCCAUCCCCCCCAGCCGAGCUGCUCCACGCUGCAUGUCCCCCCCUACCCAUACCCUCCCCAUGCACCACUGGGGUCUCGGCUGGGUGCAGCCCCCCUCCACUGCACCGGGAUCCCUGGGGAAAGGGACCCACGUCCCCAGUGCCACCAACUCCAAUAAACCCUUUCCAGUGCCCAAAAUGCCA